AUGGCUGCCUCAAACGGUUCCGCGGGCGUCUUCGCCAUCACCAAAACCCGGUUGCUGCUCUUUGCAUCGCUGGCCAUCACAUGGUGGUUUGCCCAUCUCCUCCCGAGCUACAAACCCAUGAUCAAGGCCGAGUUCAAAUCGAGGUUGGACGAGGCAAGACAGAAGAUCCCUAAGAUCAAGGUCGACUGGAAGCCCACCGACGACCCGCGAGCCAAGUACAAUGCCUCCAAGUUGGCACUGAUCAUUGAGCCGCGCCCUAUCCCGCACCUCGUGCCUCAGCUGCUGCACAUGACUUCCGUCGUGCCCCCGGACUGGAGGUUCCUAUUCAUCGGCUCCAACGUAAGCGUGGUCAGCGUCGCCCGAAGCUACGGCAUCAAGCACCAGCAAGUCAUCGGGAAACUCGAUCUCAUGGUGCUUCCCGAUCCCUGGGAGAUCGACACCAAAGAACACGUCUUCCGUCUGCUGACCGAUAUGCGCUUCUACGAGGAAUUCCUCCCUGGGGUGGAAUGGAUCCUCAAGUUCGAAUCGGACAGCAUCCUUUGCUCCAACUCUCCAAAGAGUCUGAAUGAGUGGCUUGAUUGGAGCUGGGCAGGUGCUCCCAGAACCCCUGAUGAUCAUUUCUCAGGCAACGGUGGUCUCUCCCUGCGACGGGUAUCUUCCAUCCAAAAAGUGCUGCAAUUCCAGGAGCGAUACAAUGACACAGAAGCAGAAGACGAAUGGUUUGGCAAGCGACUUUGGGUCAUGCAAGGCGAAAAGGUUGCCCAUGGAAAGAAGGGCGCCUUGGCUGUGGAGGACUUCUACAUGGAAAAGCCUAUGGGUUACCAUGUUCGAGACGGCGGCCAGAGUCUUUCGGACAAAGUUUGGAAGGAUCCCAAACAGCGCAAGAAAAUCUUCGACUACUGCCCGGAGAUCAGUAUGAUCAUGGACAUGAAGCUAGAGCGCGAACGCUGCGACGGCGACAACAAAGAGGGCGGCAUCGGCCCAACGGAUGCUGAAAAGGAAAAGGCGGCGGAAGAGGCCAAGAAGGCGGCGGAAGAAGCAGCCAAGGCCAAGGCCGAAGAAGAAGAACGCCGCAAAAAGGAAGGCGAGGAGGAGAAAAAAAAGCAGGAAGAAGAGAAUAAGAAGAAGCAGGAGCAGGCCGGCGACAAUGAUGAAGAUGAUCCUUUGGCCAACGAUGCGGAUGCCAAGGCCAAGGCAAUGGCUGCAGAAGCGCAGGCCAAGGCUGCCUCUGCGAAUCGUAUCUAA